GUAGCGUACUUUCUGAAAAUAGAUUUUUUUUUUCUGUAGCGUAUGGAACAUUGCUUAAUUGAUGCGAUUGUAUAGUGUGCGUUCGGGGAGUUUCAUAGCUUAAUGCCCUCGUGAGAAUCAGCGGAGAAAGAGCGGUGGCUAACACCGUACGGUUAAACCCACCGUGGUGGUCUGCGCUCCUUGUCCUGAGGAGAAGGAGGAGGAGCGACACGACACGAACUCUCUCUCUCUGAUGAAACCCUCUCUCUCGUCGUCGUGGCGAGCAGCAGCAGACCUCAACAUUCACAUUUAGCUCCUGAACAUCAUUGCUGCCUUCACGCGCAGGAAGAUAGCUAAAGCAUAUUUAGCGUUAGACAAGUUGGUAAAACAUUGUAAUGGUAUAGUCAAAGUUACGAUAGCAGUUGUUGUUGUUGUUUUUGAAAUCUCGAAGAAAAUACCCUUAUCGUUAAACGUCAGAAUCGUGUAGGAGUUUAGGUCGUGUUACACAUCUAGCAGCCGUUACUCAAAUCAUGUUUAAAUAACGUCUAUUAUCACGCAGUUGCCAAUAAAGCUUGAACACGCUUGUACAUUUAACUUAGGCUGUUAUUGUUAUCAAUCCUAAUUACGUAAAGUUGUCAUAAUUGUUAUUCUUGAAUCUGCCGCGCCUAUCAAGCUGUGUGUAUAAAUGAAUUGGCCUUAAAGUUCACUCGGAGUAAUUGUAGUGUACUUUAAAUAAUAAUAUUACUCAAGUUGAUUCAUUAUUCAUAUUUUAGUUUUAAUUGUUAUGAGUAUGAAUUAUAUUAUUGGCUCGUGUUAAUUAGUUACAAGUCGCUUCGUGUUCAUUAAUCCGCCGUAUGAGCAAUUAGUAUGAUUUCUGUUUGGUAAUUGCGUUAAAAGGUUUGCCGUGUUUUAUAUCUUAUGAAUUAUACCAUUUCAUAUUUGUUCGGACUGGUACAUAACAUAAUUGAAUAUUGAUCUUCUUCGCGACUGUAAGCACUAAUUAAAUUAUGACUAUUCUUAUUAAUCAACAUAAGCAAUUAAUUAUGCAGUCAAUUUGAGUUAAUUAAUAUUUUGACGGCAUUAACUAUUAGUCAGUUGUACACGAAUGUAAACAUUUUAACAUAUAACGCGACAUUGUAUAUUUCUAUCAUCCUAAUAGUUAUUAUUCUACUCUUAUAAUUCAUUGUUAUUCGAUUAUAAUUCAAUUAACAUUAUUCUUCACAACUCAGCCGGAAAAUUAGCACCAGCUUAGCCCCUACUACCUUUCACAAUAGCGAUCGGCCAACAACACAACUUAAACCAACAACAACAACAACAGCACUAAUAGACUCGUGUGCAUCAUAAAUAGCCGGAUCAACAGCAACAACAAACUUCAACAACAACAAAGUGUAAACAACAACUACUGCUACAACUGUAACAGCCCGUGCUGCAUCAAAUUCAACCGCUCGACAACAACAACAAUAACAACAACAAACAACAACAUUAACAACACACAACACAAACAACAACAAACAAAACAGCCACAACUGCGUUAGUCGGCCACAUCUCUACCAGAGCUAGCCGAGCCAACAACAACAACCACCACAACAACCACAACCAACGCAUCAUCAACAACAACAACAACAGCUACAACACCCCCCCACCCCACCCCACUGUGUGCAUUCAAGCAAGCGGUGACCCGUACAGGUUCAAUUCCCAGAGUUGCCUCUCUCUCCACACCCCACACGCCAAACACGACCAUGAGCUCGUACUUUGAAGAUUCGCUCCACGGGGGAUAUUUCGACUGCCGCUUCGCCGCUCACGAAGCCGCCAUGCGCAACGCCGCCGCUGCCUCCGCCGCCGCCGGCAGCGAUUUCUCCGCGGGCGUCUUCGACAGGUCCGGGGGCUUCGGCGUCGGGGCCUUCAACGGAGCCCCGUACGGACUCGGCUACCACGGGGUGCCGCACUUCGAGGGCGAAACGUCGGACCCCGGCUACCCGAGGCUGCACGACCCGACCGCCUCGCCCUACGGAGCCGCCUCGCCCGCGGCACGGGGGCGAGGUGGAGCGGGGGUCGAGGGGGUCGAGGUGGACGCCGCGCGAGGAGGAGACGGGGGCGGCACGGUGUUCCCGUGGAUGAGACCCCAAGGUCCUGCGCGCAGGCGAGGCCGCCAGACCUACAGCCGCUACCAGACCCUGGAGCUGGAGAAGGAGUUCCUCUUCAACCCGUACCUGACGCGCAAGCGGCGCAUCGAGGUGUCUCACGUGCUGGGCCUCAGCGAGCGCCAGGUCAAGAUCUGGUUCCAGAACCGGCGCAUGAAGUGGAAGAAGGAGAACAACAGGGACAAGUUCCCCAGCACCUGCCGGCCCAGCGGCAGCACGAGUGAGGAGGGGUCGUCGCAUUCCCCCGAUAGCCAAACUCAAGACAAACCACUCAGUGACAUAUAAGUCACUGCAGAUGCCGUUAUUGGACCUGUAGAGGCCGUUAUUGGAGCUGCAGAGGCUGCAUUGGACCUGCGUAGGCUGUUAUUGGACCUGCAAAGGCUGUUAUUGGACCAGCAGAGGCUGCAUUGGACCUGCAGAGGCCGUUAUUGGACCCGCAGAAGCUGCAUUGGACCUGAAGA